UGUAAGUAUUAAGUCAUUUAUUUAUUUACAUAGCCAAAAAACGGACAGCCCUCUGAGGACAACCCAUUUAAAAGAUGACUGUGAUGAAAUACAAUAAUUAGUUCCUCGGUUAUUAUUUGAAGAGCUUUUACAGAGUGAAGGUUUGAUGGAACUAUAAAAGAUCUUGAAGGCGAAUUUAAACGGAGCAUUAUUAGGGCAGACGGUCAGUGAUCUUCUGUGUGCCGAUGCACUGCGCGCUUCGCUUUCUGAUGAGGCAUCCUCAGCUCUACAACACACAGAUCCUGUAAAGAUGGAGUUUAGCGAGAGGAAAAGAAGAAGGAAAUCUCAGAGCUUCAAACUGGUCCAUGAGCAAGAGCAAGAUUUUGACGCAAGGAGUUUUGACAAUGCCGUCAAUAUUCAUGUCAAUGGAGCAUCAAAAGAUACUGCCAUGCCAGAAGCCUGGUUGGGUGAUGAGGGUGUGGAGAUUAAGAGACAGAUCACAGGCAUGAUGCGUUUGCUGAGUGACAAGGCCGGCCGGAUGUACCAGCGUGUGGGAGCAGAGGGAAACAGCCUCAAACAGGAGCCCCAGGAGGAGCACCUGAGCUGGGCGCAGCCGGCUGCUUUGCCACCAGACCUGGAAGACCCCCAGAUCAGUGUCUGGAGCUCAGCAGGGGAAACAGAGUUCAGUCCCAUGUCUAUACCCAAUCUAGUCCCCAACGGCCAGGGGUCUGGCCAAUACGGCACACGCUCCAAGACCCAGAGGAUGCUCAACACAACCACCAAAGGCACAGUCAAAACUAAUGAUGUGGCUCCUGCAGUGGUAGAGGCUCCCUGCUGUAUGUGUAACUGUAAGAGCACCUUACAGGCUAUUCUACAGGAGCUACGCACCAUGAGGAGGCUAAUGCAGACACAGAAAGGUUCCCAGGAGAAGCAGGAGCACAGGGCCCCUCCCUGCCCCCCUUGCCCUGUCCCUACAGCUCCGCGUCGCAGACCCCGCAAGAGACGUCCUGUCCACAAGGUUGCUCCACUGAGCGCACCCAGCAAGAGGGCAGCUGUUCCCCCUCUCCCCCCCUCAUCCCCCGCCUGUGUACCCCUGGAGUCCGGAGGAAGGAGGGAGAGGGGGAGCAGAGAGCUGGAGAGACCUGUGCACACCCCUGCCUCACCCUCCACCUCACCCGAGCUCUCAGUACAAACCCUGUCCAUGCAGAACAAGCCCAUCCCUGGUGACGAUACACACAAUCCUAACUAUAGACAACCCAAAGGUCUUCAAACCUCAGAGAGUGAGGUGCGUCUAGCGGAGGACUAUGAGGUGUUUAUUCCCAAGGCCCAGCUGGACUCAAUCCUGGUCAACUACACACGCUCUGGAAGCCUGCUCUUCAGGAAGUUGGUGGACCAUCUUGGUCACAGGUGUGCGCCUCUCUUUGACGACACCACGCUAGCUAACUCACUGCCCAACGGCAAGAGGAAGAGAGGUCUGAACGACCAAAGGAAAGGACUGGACCAGAACAUUGUGGGAGCCAUUAAAGUGUUUACAGAGAAGUACUGCACAGCUCACAGAAUAGAGAAGCUGCCAGGCCCUCAUUGGGUCCAGAUACUACAGGACCAAAUCAAACUUGCUCGCAGACGACUAAAGAGAGCAGAGGCUACAGACCCUCAGGACAUCUUCAACAGACCUUGCACAGUCCAGAAGUUCUGUAACAUUAGGGUGGGGGAUGUGGACACUGUCCAGAGGAUGUACUGA